GGCGCGCGGGGAGGCGCGGGCCGCGGCGGCGGGCUGGGGGCUCCGAGCUCCCGGGCGUCAGUCGGGCCGCGGCGACGGCGGCAGGAGCGCGUCCCGGCGCCGCCUCGGGCUCCGCUCGGCUCGGGGGCUGCUCGGGGAGAAGGAGAGCCAGGCAAGGCGCCAGGCCGGCGGGCUGGGCGCAUGGCUUAGGGACGCCCCCGGCCGCCGCAGCCCCAGCAUGGGGAAACUUCACUCCAAGCCGGCCGCCGUGUGCAAGCGCAGGGAGAGCCCGGAAGGUGACAGCUUCGCCGUGAGCGCCGCCUGGGCUCGGAAGGGCAUCGAGGAGUGGAUCGGGAGGCAGCGCUGCCCGGGCGGCGUCUCUGGACCCCGGCAGCUGCGGUUGGCAGGCACCAUAGGCCGAGGCACCCGGGAGCUCGUGGGCGACGUGUUGAGAGACACGCUCAGUGAGGAGGAGGAGGACGACUUCCGGCUGGAAGUGGCCCUGCCUCCUGAGAAGACUGACGGGCUGGGCAGCGGAGAUGAGAAGAAGAUGGAGCGAGUGAGCCAACCCUGCCCGGGCUCCAAGAAGCAGCUGAAGUUUGAAGAGCUCCAGUGUGACGUGUCUGUGGAGGAGGACAGCCGGCAGGAGUGGACCUUCACCCUGUACGACUUUGACAACAAUGGCAAGGUCACCCGAGAGGACAUCACCAGCUUGCUGCACACCAUCUAUGAGGUGGUGGACUCCUCCGUCAACCACUCCCCAACAUCAAGCAAGAUGCUGCGGGUAAAGCUCACUGUGGCCCCCGAUGGCAGCCAGAGCAAGAGGAGCGUCCUUGUCAAUCAGGCCGACCUGCAGAGCACGAGGCCCCGAGCAGAGACCAAGCCCGCUGAGGAGCUGCGGAGCUGGGAGAAGAAGCAGCGAGCCCCACUCAGGUUCCAGGGUGACAGCCGCCUGGAGCAGUCUGGCUGCUACCACCAUUGCGUGGAUGAGAACAUCGAGAGGAGAAACCACUACUUAGAUCUCGCUGGGAUAGAAAACUACACCUCCCAGUUUGGGCCUGGCUCCCCUUCUGUGGCCCAGAAGUCAGAACUGCCCCCCCGCACCUCCAACCCCACUCGAUCUCGCUCCCAUGAGCCGGAAGCCAUCCACGUCCCACACCGAAAGCCCCAAGGCGCAGACCCAGGCUCCUUCCACUUCCUUGACACCCCAAUCGCCAAGGUCUCGGAGCUCCAGCAACGGCUCCGGGGCACCCAGGACGGGAGCAAGCACUUUGUGAGGUCCCCCAGGGCCCAGGGCAAGAGCGUGAGUGUGGGCCACGUGGCCAGAGGGGCAAGAAACAAACCCCCUCUGGGACCCGCCGUCCCUGCGGUGUCCCCCUCCGCCCACCUGGCCACCAGCCCAGCCCUCCUCCCCUCCCUGGCCCCCCUCGGGCACAAGAAGCACAAGCACCGAGCCAAGGAAAGCCAGCAGGGCUGCCGGGGCCUGCAGGCACCGCUGGCCCCGGGCGGCCCCGUCCUGGGGCGGGAGCACCUGCGGGAGCUGCCUGCCGUGGUGGUGUACGAGAGCCAGGCCGGGCAGCCCGUCCAGAGACACGAGCACCACCACCACCACGAACACCACCACCAUUACCACCACUUCUACCAGACAUAGAGCCCCUCCCCAGGGCCCCACCCCGCCAUAUGAAGGACCCUGCCCCCAACACCCCAAGGCAUUAUUAUUCUAUUAAUUAUUGUUAUUAUGACGAUUAUUGUUAUUAAUAAUUAUUGUUACUCCACUAAUAUUUAGCUAGCCUUCAUGUAGAAGAUCUAUGGAAACACAGAACUAAACUUUUAUUUAUAUGUUGUGGGGACUGCAUAACUAGCCCAGGAAAUGACUCUGGUUUGGAGUGGCCUGUAAUGGGCAGAGGCUCCCUCAAGGCUCAGGAGCUGCAGCGUCGUCUGUUCGGAUCAGCCUAUACCCUUCCCAGAGCCAGGGAGCCCUCAGCCCCAACUCUGUCCCAUCCAGCCUCUUCCAGGAGAGUACCCUUCCCUGGCCCGGCUUCCAGAGACCCUCGAAAUCUCCGAGAAGAUAAACAGCUGCUACCUCUUAGUAUUAUCCUGAUUUUAUUUUGCCCUUAACUGAUUGUAAUGUGCUACAAGGGAUUUCAGUGGACUGCAGAG